AUGACAGUCGAUAGUAUAAAACAGGAACCCAUUAAGACCAUCGUCAUUGGUGCUGGUCUUGGCGGAUGCGCCUGCGCACUUGCUCUAAAACACCAUGGACAUUCCGUAGUCAUCUAUGAGAGACUAAGAGCUUUCCGACGUCUUGGUGAUUCAUUGGGUUUCGGCGAAAAUGCACUCAAGUUACUCAAGCGAUGGGGCGGCGAGUCGCUUUAUCAUAAGUUAACCAGCAUCGGAAAUCAGGCUCCGGACAUGCAAAUCCGCCGGUGGCACGAUGGCAAGAUCUUGGCGCAACAACCGCUCAUGGAUAUGGCGGGCUAUAUCGGACACCGUGGCGACUACCACGAGGCGCUCAUCCAGGCCGUAAAGGAUGCGGGUAUUGAGAUUCGUAUGGGUCGUGAGGUUAUCUCAUAUGACGAGACGAAACCUAGUGUUACUUUUGCCGACGGCACUGAGGAGACGGCGGAUAUUAUCAUCGGCGUUGAUGGAAUCAAGUCGCGCGCGAGAGAACUCGUCCUAGGAUUCGAUGAUGCGCCAAAGAGUAGUGGAUAUUCGUGUUACAGGGCUUACUUCCCCGGAAGGCAUCUACGGGAAGACCCCCUGUGUCGCGAAUUUGUGGAUCACGACUGCGUUAAUAUCUGGAUUGGUGAAGACACGCACUUGAUCCAGAAUACACUGCGCAACGGCGACGAAUUCAACUGGAUCGUGACACGCAAGUUGUCGCAUGAGGCGGAUAUGGUAAUUAAGGAAUCGUGGUUCCAGGAAGGCGAUAUGAAUGAAGUCAAAAGGUCUCUGGAAGGCUUAGAUCCUCGCAUACGGGCCGCUGUCGAUAAAACCGAGUCCUGUCUAGACUGGAAGAUCUGUUAUAGAGAUCCGCUGCCUACAUGGGUGUCUAAAAGCCACAAGAUCGCACUGCUCGGAGACAGCUGCCAUCCGCAUUUGCCAACAAGCGCACAGGGCGCGAGCCAGGCUACAGAGAGUGCGGCCGUGUUGGCUGUAUGCUUGAAAUUAGCUGGGAAGGACAAUAUUCCGUUAGCUACGAGGUGCUACGAGAAACUGCGGUUCAAGCGAACAAGAGCUAGCCAGACAAACGGCGAGGAUCUAAGGGAUCGCUGGCACAAUGCAUUGAAAAACGUCAAUAAUGACGUCGAAAUUGACCCCGAAUCCAUAAAGAUGCGAAAUCGGUGGUUAUAUGCGUUUGAUGCUGAGGCCGACACGAUUGAAAGGUGGGAUGAAAUGUUGAAACUUGUGGCAGAAGAGCUAAGGACCGGGAAUAUAACGCCGUUAUGUUAG